GUUCCGGUUUACAGACAUCUUAUACACCGAACAGGAGAGAGGAGUGAGUAUUAAAUCGACUCCAAUAACAGUAGUGAUGCAGGACUUGAAGGCCAAGUCAUACCUGAUGAACAUAAUGGACACUCCGGGUCACGUGAACUUCUCGGAUGAGGUGACGGCUGCCAUCAGACUAUGCGAUGGGAUUGUGCUGUUCGUGGACGCAGCGGAAGGCGUUAUGUUGAAUACGGAACGACUGCUGAGACACGCCGUGCAGGAGAAGCUGGCCAUCACUGUCUGCAUCAACAAAAUCGAUCGAUUGAUACUUGAACUCAAACUUCCGCCAAACGAUGCCUACUAUAAGAUUAAAUAUAUAUUGGAUGAAAUCAAUAGUCUUAUCGCGACAUACUAUGACGACGAAGAGCCGCCGCUAAUAUCGCCACUUAUAGGCAAUGUUUGUUUCGCGAGCUCUCAAUACAGCGUCUGCUUUACCCUCAAGUCUUUCGCUCAACUCUAUUGCCAACAAUUUGGCGGAGGUUUCAAUCCAAACGAAUUUGCAAAGCGUUUGUGGGGAGACAUGUACUUCAGUCACACCACACGAAAGUUCAGCCGAAAGCCGGUCACCAGUCAAUCGCAGCGUUCGUUCAUUGAGUUUAUUUUGGAGCCGAUCUACAAACUGUUCGCUCAGGUAGUCGGCGACGUCGACUCGACUCUGGCCAACGUUUUGGACGAAUUGGGAAUCAAACUCUCGAAGUCUGAAAUGCGAUUAAACAUUCGCCCCCUUCUCAGACUCGUUUGCUCGCGAUUUUUGGGUGACUUUAACUGUCUUAUAGACCUCUGCGUUCAACACAUCCCUUCGCCGGUCAAGAACUCGAGUCAUAAGAUGGAAAACAUAUGGAAAGGACCGUUAGAUUCACCAUUAGGUGAAGCUAUGAUUAGUUGCGAUCCUAACGGCCCUCUUAUGGUCCACACAACCAAACAGUACUCAACACAAGACGCGUCGACAUUCCAUGUGUUCGGUCUUGUGUUGAGUGGAACCCUUCACGCGAAACAAGAGGUAAAGAUUUUGGGCGAAAACUACUCGUCUCUCGAUGAAGAAGAUUCACGUAUUAUGAGUGUCGGCAGACUCUGGAUAUAUGAGGCCCGGUAUCACAUCGAAGUGAACAGAGUUCCCGCCGGCAAUUGGGUUCUCAUUGAAGGCAUCGAUCAGCCCAUCACUAAGACCUCAACAAUUGUGGACAUCAGAUAUGAUGACGAACUCUAUAUCUUCAGACCUCUUAAGUUCAACACCCAAUCAGUUAUUAAAAUAGCUGUCGAACCGGUCAACCCGUCAGAGUUGCCCAAAAUGUUGGAGGGAUUGAGAAAAUGUAAUAAAUCUUAUCCUUUACUCAACACUAAAGUGGAGGAAAGCGGAGAACAUGUUAUUCUGGGAACUGGAGAACUGUAUUUGGAUUGUGUUAUGCAUGACCUCAGAAAAAUGUAUUCAGAAAUCGACAUCAAAGUAGCGGAUCCCGUGGUGUCGUUCUGUGAGACAGUCGUCGAGACUUCUUCCCUGAAAUGCUUCGCCGAAACCCCAAACAAAAAAAAUAAGUUAACAAUGAUUGCGGAACCGUUGGAGAAAGGAUUGGCUGAAGACAUAGAGAGCGAAGUCGUCCAAAUCAAUUGGAACCGCAAGAAAUUGGGAGCAUUUUUCCAAACCAAAUACGAUUGGGAUUUAUUGGCCGCGCGCUCUAUUUGGGCCUUCGGUCCCGAACAGAGCGGUCCCAACAUCUUAGUCGACGACACUCUGCCGUCAGAAGUGGAUAAGAAUCUGUUGGUUGCCGUCAAAGACUCUAUAGUACAGGGCUUUCAAUGGGCUUCACGUGAAGGACCCCUCUGUGAGGAACCGAUUCGUAACGUUAAGUUCAAGAUAUUGGAUGCCGUCGUGUCGUCGGAACCUGCGGCCAGAGGUGGCGGACAGAUAAUACCCACCUCUCGACGGGUGGCGUAUUCGUCUUUCUUGAUGGCAACGCCUCGACUCAUGGAACCAUACAAUUUCGUUGAGGUCUUAGCGCCGGCUGAUUGUGUUUCUGCUGUCUAUACAGUUCUGGCCAAACGCAGGGGUCAUAUCACUCAAGAUAUACCAGUGCCCGGGUCUCCACUCUAUACCGUCAAGGCUUUCAUUCCAGCCAUCGAUUCAUUUGGAUUUGAGACAGACCUGAGAACACACACUCAGGGACAGGCAUUCUGUCUAUCAGUGUUCCAUCACUGGCAGAUCGUUCCGGGAGACCCUCUCGACAAAAGUAUAGUCAUCCGACCCCUUGAACCCCAACCGGCACCUCAUUUGGCGCGAGAAUUCAUGAUUAAAACGCGCAGAAGGAAGGGGUUGAGCGAAGACGUCAGCAUUAAUAAGUUCUUCGACGACCCUAUGCUUAUUUCAUCCGACCCCUUGAACCCCAACCGGCACCUCAUUUGGCGCGAGAAUUCAUGA